UUUGUGAGAAGGCAUAUUUUCGGCAACCUAAACUGGAGGUCCCACUUCCGUUUACACGGAAACCUAUCUUCCAUGUUUGUUGUGCUACAAUUAGCAGGAUGCCUGCUGAAAACAAACACUCUGUAAACAUGGAGGAAAAAGAACCCGGCACCUUCAGCAGUAAAGAGAAGGACAAAGAAGGAGAGAAAAGGACGACGUUUACUCGAGACCGAUCGAAGGACGAGGCCAAGAUGAGUGGCAAGAAGGACUUUAGCAAGGAGGACAAGAGGAAGCGCAUGGAGGAGGAGAAGAAGAAGAAAGAGGAGAAGGAGCGCAAGAAGAAAGAGGAGGAAAAACAAAAAGCAGAGGAGGAGCAGAAGAAGCGAGAGGAGGAGGAGAAGAAACAGCAGGAGGAGCAGGAGCGAAAGCUCCAGGAGGAGGAGGCCAAACGGCAGCGUGAGGAGGAGGCGGCUCUUGUGAAGGAAAAGGAGGAGGGGCAUCAGCUGCACCAGGAGGCCUGGGAGCGCCACCAGUGCAGGAAGGAGCUCCGCAGCAAGAACCAGAACGCUCACGAGUGCCGGCCCGAAGAGGCCUUCUUCAGCCGUCUGGACUCCAGCCUGAAGAAGAACACGGCCUUCGUGAAGAAGCUGCGCACGCUCACCGAGCAGCAGCGCGACGCGCUCUCCAACGACUUCGCCUCGCUCAACCUCAGCAAGUACAUCGGCGAGGCCGUGAGCUCGGUGGUGGAGGCCAAGCUGAAGAUCUCCGACGUGGGCUGCGCCGUGCACCUGUGCUCGCUCUUCCACCAGCGCUACGCCGACUUCGCGCCGCUGCUGCUGCUGGCGUGGAAGAAGCACUUCGAAGCCCGGAAGGAGGACAAGGCGCCCAAUGUGAGCAAGCUGCGCACGGACCUGCGCUUCAUCGCCGAGCUCACCAUCGUCGGCCUCUUCACCGACAAGGAGGGGCUGUCACUCAUCUACGAGCAGCUGAAGAACAUCAUCGGGACCGACCGCGAGACGCACACGCACGUGUCCGUGGUCAUCAGCUUCUGUAAGCACUGCGGGGACGACAUCGCCGGUCUGGUUCCACGCAAGGUCAAGCUGGCGGCUGAGAAGUUUGGCUUGAGCUUCCCGCCGAGUGAGAUCAUCAGCGUGGAGAAGCAGCAGCCCUUCCAGAACCUUCUGCGAGAAUACUUCACGUCCCUCACCAAGCACCUGAAGAAGGACCACCGAGAGCUGCAGAACAUCGAGAGGCAGAACAGGCGCAUCCUGCAUUCCAAAGGGGAGCUGAGCGAGGACCGGCAUAAGCAGUACGAGGAGUUCGCCACCUCCUACCAGAAGCUUCUGGCCAACACUCAGUCUCUGGCUGACCUGCUGGAUGAGAACAUGCCAGAACUUCCCCAGGACAAAACCGUGCAGGAGGAACACGGACCCGGCAUCGACAUCUUCACCCCGGGGAAGCCCGGAGAAUACGACCUGGAGGGAGGAAUCUGGGAGGAUGAAGAUGCUCGUAACUUCUACGAGAACCUGGUGGACCUGAAGGCCUUCGUUCCCGCCAUCCUCUUCAAGGACAACGAGAAGAUCAGCCAAGGAAAAGACAAGGACGAAGCCAAAGACGGCAGAGACGGGAAGGAGGCGGCGAGCACCACUGAGGAGCUGGAGCUGGAGCUGGAGGCCCUGGACAUCGCAGACGAGCCUCUGGAGCUGGAGGCGGCGGAGGAGGCGGAGAGCGAGGAGCUGGCGAAGAAGAUACUGGAUGAACAGGAACAAGAAGACGAGGAGGCGAGCACCGGCUCCCACCUGAAGCUGAUCGUGGACGCCUUCAUCCAGCAGCUUCCCAACUGCGUCAACAGAGACCUGAUAGACAAGGCCGCCAUGGACUUCUGCAUGAACAUGAACACCAAAGCCAACCGCAGGAAGCUGGUCCGAGCGCUCUUCACCGUGCCCCGGCAGAGGUUGGACCUGCUGCCGUUUUACUCUCGCCUGGUCGCAACUCUGCACCCCUGCAUGUCUGACGUGGCUGAAGACCUGUGCUCCAUGCUGAAGGGAGACUUCCGCUUCCACAUUCGUAAGAAGGACCAAAUCAACAUCGAAACCAAGAACAAAACCGUCAGGUUCAUCGGGGAGCUGGCCAAGUUCAAGAUGUUCUCCAAAACCGACACGCUGCACUGUCUGAAGAUGCUGCUGUCCGACUUCACCCAUCACCACAUAGAGAUGGCGUGCACGCUGCUGGAGACCUGCGGCCGCUUCCUGUUCCGCUCGCCGGACUCCCACCUGCGCACCAGCGUCCUGCUGGAGCAAAUGAUGCGCAAGAAGCAGGCGCAGCACCUGGACGCGCGCUACGUCACCAUGGUGGAGAACGCCUACUACUACUGCAACCCCCCGCCCAUCGAGAAGACGGUGAAGAAGAAGAGGCCGCCGCUGCAGGAGUACAUCCGCAAGCUGCUCUACAAGGACCUGAGCAAGGUCACCACGGAGAAGGUGCUGCGGCAGAUGCGCAAGCUGCCCUGGCAGGACCCCGACGUGAAGAGCUACCUGAUCUGCUGCAUGGUCAACAUCUGGAACGUCAAGUACAACAGCAUCCACUGCGUGGCCAACCUGCUGGCCGGCCUGGUGGCCUACCAGGAGGACGUGGGCAUCCACGUGGUGGACGGCGUGCUGGAGGACAUCCGGCUGGGCAUGGAGGUCAAUCAGCCCAAGUUUAACCAGCGGCGCAUCAGCAGCGCCAAGUUCCUGGGCGAGCUCUACAACUACCGCAUGGUGGAGUCGGCCGUCAUCUUCCGCACGCUCUUCUCCUUCAUCUCCUUCGGGGUGAACCCGGACGGCGGCGCCAGCCCCCUGGACCCCCCGGAGCACCUGUUCCGCAUCCGGCUGGUCUGCACCCUGCUGGACACCUGCGGUCAGUACUUCGACCGCGGCUCCAGCAAGAAGAAGCUCGACUGUUUCCUCAUCUACUUCCAGCGCUACAUCUGGUGGAAGAAGAGCGCCGACGUUUGGACCAAGGACCACCCGUUCCCCAUCGACAUCGACUACAUGAUCAGCGACACGAUGGAGCUGCUGCGGCCCAAGAUGAGGCUCAGCAGCUCCCUGGAGGACGCCACCCGGCAGGUCGUCGACCUGGAGAGGGAGGUGCUCGUCAAACUGGGUUUGGCGGCAGAGAAGGACGGCCGCUCCAGCGCCAUGAGCGAGGGCGAGGGUCUGGACGAGGAGGACGACGAGGACGAGGAGGAGGGCGGCGCCGAGACGGAGGAACAGUCGGGCAACGAGAGCGAAAUGAACGAGCAGGAGGAAGACGAAGGAUCAGAAAACGAGGAGGAGGAGCGGGAGGAGGAGGAAGAGGAGAACACAGACUACCUGACGGACUCCAAUAAAGAAAACGAGACGGACGAGGAGAACAAUGAAGUGACCAUCCGCGGCGGCGGGCUGAAGCACGUGGCGUGCGCUGAGGAUGAGGACUUCAUUCAGGCUCUGGAUAAGAUGAUGCUGGAGAACCUGCAGCAGCGCAGCGGCGAGGCGGUGAAGGUGCACCAGCUGGACGUGGCCAUCCCGCUGCAGCUGAAGAGUCAGCUGAAGAAGGGCGGAUCCGGACAGCAGUGCAUCAUGGAGGGAGACUCGGAGGGCUCAGACACCAUGCAGUUCGUCAUGCUGACCCGCAAAGGGAACAAGCAGCAGUAUAAGAUCCUGAACGUUCCUCUGUCGUCCCACCUGGCGGCGAACCACUUCAACCAGCAGCAGGCGGAGCAGGAGGAGCGCAUGAGGAUGAAGAAGCUCACGCUGGACAUCAACGAGAGGCAGGAGCAGGAGGACUACCAGGAGAUGAUGCAGUCCCUGGCCCAGCGUCCGGCUCAAGCCAACACCAACCGGGACCGCCGGCCCCGAUACCAGCACCCUAAAGGUGCUCCCAACGCCGACCUCAUCUUCAAGACGGGAGGAAGGAGACGCUGAGCAGAGUCCGGGCCGAGCGAGCACGAGACAGAUUGAACCAGCAAAAGAGAGAGAGAGAUGAGGAGAUCGGCGGGAACACCGAUCGCAACCGGGAACGAGUCUCCCCCCGGACGCACUCUGCCGCCGGGACAGACCACACCCCUGACCUGAACACUGCCCCCCUGCUGAGGGGCCGAAGCCUGAGGAGGAGGAGCCAAAACCAGGAGGCGGGGUCAGGGCUCAGACACGCAGCUCUCUUUCUUUUUUGUCUGUUGCCUGAGAUGACAAAAGACAUCGGAACCACGGUGACGACGGACUACACUUACGUGACGGCGAGUGGGGGCGGCGCUCUCGCCUUGCAGGUGGAGGAGAACAGGAAUAAAAACUGAGUGAAAAACCAGAUUUCUUUAUUUUGUUUGUUGUUCUUUGGGACUUGAACUGCAGCAGAGAACUCGGUGGGACACUUGCACCGAUCCAUGUGGACGCUGGUGGCGUGUUUGAAGAUCCAGAGAAAGAAACGGCGCCGUGACGUUUGAUGAUCAAGUUCAACAUGAGAUUAGCAGUGAUGGAGCGACGUUUUUCUUCUACCGAUCUUAACUUUAGAGAACUCACUUUAAAACAAUAAAUAAAACAUGAAAAUUUGUCAAAAUUUCUUUUGACUUUUUAUGUUUAUCCUUUUUUUUCUGCGUUUUGGUUGGAUCUUUGCUCGGUUUCUGUGUGAUGAAGAAAUGGAAACACUGAAGAAGAUUAGAAGACUUUAUUUUCUGUUUCUUGUGCUCUUUGAAUGUUUCUUUGUUUUAGUGACGCAAAAAUCUGUUUUACAUUUACCACACAGGAAAAACUUAUCAUGUUUUUGGGUUUCUCAGAAAUAUUUAGUAUUUUUAAAAGUGUUGAUGAGUGUUAAUGAUUCAUGAUACUUAUAAAGAAAUACUAAUGUAACCAAUAUGUUAUAGAAUUAAAGUUGAUUUAAACAAG